AUCGUCCUCUUUUUGUCGCUCCCUUCGACAGAGAAGUCACUUUUGAAAACCCCUUAGCUCAAACCACAGCAAAAUGAAGCCUUUAGUUGUUCUCUUUUUAACUUAUUUAGCUCUCGCUCACAGCGAAGAGAUUAAAGAAGAAGAUGAUGUUUUAGUGUUAACAGAAAAGAACUUUGACGAGGCUAUAGCAGCUCACAAACACAUUUUAGUUGAAUUUUAUGCACCAUGGUGUGGACACUGCAAAGCUUUAGCUCCAGAAUACGCAAAGGCAGCUGGUCAACUCAAAAAAGAAGAAUCCGYCAUUAAGCUUGCUAAAGUCGAUGCUACAGCUGAAAGUAAACUGGGUGAAAAAUUCAAAGUUCAGGGAUAUCCUACUAUUAAAUUCUUCAAGGAUGGCCAACCACUUGAAUAUGGAGGUGGCCGUACCCAAGACGAGAUUGUUGCCUGGCUGAACAAGAAGACUGGUCCUCCAGCUAAAGCACUUACAACUGCUGAAGAUGUUAAGACAUUUAUUGAAAAAGAAGUUGCAGUCAUUGGUUUCUUCAAGGAUCAAGAAUCUGAUGCUGCCAAAGCUUUCCUGGCUGCUGCCGAUGGUAUUGAUGAUAUUGAGUUUGGUCUCGUAACUGAUGCCGCCAUUGCAUCUGAGCAUAAAGUUGAUGGAGAUAAAAUUGUCCUCUUUAAGAAGUUUGAUGAGGGACGUAAUGACUAUGAUGGAGAAUAUGAAUUUGAAAAGAUCCAGAAGUUCGUUAAAGCCAACCAACUCCCUCUUGUAACAGAAUUCAGUGAUGAGACUGCUCCAAAGAUCUUUGGUGGUGAAGUUAAACAUCAUAUUCUUCUUUUUGCCAACAAAAAAUCUGAUGAUUUCAAAACCAACCACGAUGCCUUCAGUGGUGCAGCUAAAGGUUUCAAGGGAAAAGUACUUUUCGUUUUCGUCAACGGUGAGGUCGAGGACAAUCUUCGUAUCAUGGAGUUCUUCGGAAUUACAGCCAAAGAGCUUCCAACAGUUCGUCUUAUUAACCUUGCUGAUGAUGAUAUGACCAAGUUUAAGCCAGAGUCUCCAGAGAUUACCACCGAAGUUACUUCUAAAUUUGUCCAAGACUUUUUGGAUAAAAAACUCAAGCCUCACCUCCUCACUCAAGAAGUACCUGAGGACUGGGAUGCCAAACCAGUCAAGGUCCUCGUGGGUAAGAACUUUGAUGAGGUUGCAAGAGACAAGACCAAGGAUGUUUUAGUUGAAUUCUAUGCCCCAUGGUGUGGUCAUUGUAAGCAGCUUGCUCCAAUCUGGGACAAACUAGGUGAAACCUUCAAGGACAGCAAAGAUAUUGUCAUUGCCAAAAUGGAUUCUACUGCUAAUGAAGUAGAAGGAGUCAAGAUCCAGAGUUUCCCAACAAUUAAGUUUUUCCCUAAAGAAGGAGAUGUUGUUGAUUAUAAUGGAGGAAGAACCCAUGAUGACUUUGUUAAGUUCCUUAAGUCUGGCGGCAAAGAAGGAAAUGAGCCUACAGCUGAAGGAGAGGAGCCUACUCCUGAUGGUGAAGACGAGUCCGUUCCACCAGAGGAGGGAGAGGGAGAAGUUGGUGAAGAAGGAGAAGAAGGUGCUGAAGAGGCUGUCAAGAAGGACGAAUUGUAAUUUUCAUCGCAAAACCCUUUUCCCAUUCCCAUUAGAACUAUUUUAUUUAAUGAUCACCCUGGUAUACAAAACCUUCCCUUAUAUCUACAAAGAAAUCAAAUCUAAUCCACGAAGUUAACGUUCUUAGAAAAAGCAAAUCUCGCACUGGGCCAUUUACUUUUUAAUAGCAAAACAAAAAAAGCUUAUUUAAAUGUGGACAACUUCUUUCUUGAGUAAUAUACCUUCCGCUGUUGAAAUAGUACAGUAGUACUUCUAGAAGCCUCACCAUUCCAUUGACAUCAUCUCAAGGAAAGUGGAUACUGAUGUGCAAACCGCUUUGUAGCCUAAUUUAAAUUAUAGGUUUUAAAGUAUUGUAAAGAGAAUUUUCUUUCAAUGAGUUCAAGUCGGCGCAUUAGAAUUCAUGUUCCUGUUUUUUGUAUCCAAGUCGAGGUGGUAAGAGUGUUGUAGGCUGUGAAUGUCCAUGUUUAAAAUGUCAGUCUUUGAGCCAAAAACAACAAAAUGGCGCAAGAGACAACUAUAAAUAUAUAAAGACUUGAUGUACUGUGGUUUGAGAUAAUAAACACCUUUCACAUAGGA